ACGCCGGGGCGGCCUGGCGCGGGGGGGCGGAGGCCCCCGGCGGGGUCCUUAGCCAGCGGGGACGCAGCGAGCGGGACGGCGGCCGCGAUGAACCUGGAGCUGCUCGAGUCCUUCGGCCAGAACUACCCCGAGGAGGCCGAUGGCACCUUGGACUGCAUCAGCAUGGCCCUGACGUGCACCUUCAACCGCUGGGGCACCCUGCUCGCCGUGGGCUGCAACGAUGGGCGCAUCGUCAUCUGGGACUUCCUGACGAGGGGCAUAGCCAAAAUCAUCAGUGCGCACAUCCACCCUGUCUGCUCCUUGUGCUGGAGUCGAGAUGGUCACAAGUUGGUGAGUGCUUCAACCGAUAACAUUGUAUCGCAGUGGGAUGUUCUCUCUGGAGACUGCGACCAGAGGUUUCGAUUUCCUUCGCCUAUCUUGAAAGUUCAGUACCACCCUCGAGACCAAAACAGGGUUUUGGUUUGUCCCAUGAAGUCUGCGCCAGUGAUGCUAACGCUGUCUGACUCCAAACAUGUUGUUCUACCUGUGGAUGAUGAUUCUGAUCUCAAUGUUGUGGCCUCCUUUGACAGACGAGGGGAAUACAUUUAUACAGGCAACGCCAAGGGGAAGAUCUUGGUCUUAAAAACAGAUACUCAGGAUCUUGUUGCUUCCUUCAGAGUGACAACUGGAACCAGCAACACCACAGCUAUUAAAUCAAUAGAAUUUGCUCGGAAAGGAAGCUGCUUUUUAAUAAACACAGCUGACCGUAUAAUCAGAGUGUAUGAUGGGCGUGAAAUUCUAACCUGUGGACGAGAUGGAGAGCCUGAACCAAUGCAGAAGCUGCAGGAUUUAGUUAAUAGGACACCGUGGAAGAAGUGCUGUUUCUCUGGGGAUGGUGAAUAUAUAGUGGCAGGUUCAGCACGACAGCAUGCCCUAUACAUUUGGGAAAAAAGUAUUGGAAACCUAGUGAAAAUCCUCCAUGGGACCAGAGGAGAGCUCCUUUUGGAUGUAGCAUGGCAUCCUGUCCGACCGAUCAUAGCAUCUAUUUCCAGUGGUGUUGUGUCAAUAUGGGCUCAGAAUCAAGUGGAAAACUGGAGUGCCUUUGCACCUGACUUCAAAGAGCUGGAUGAAAAUGUAGAGUAUGAAGAGAGGGAGUCAGAGUUUGACAUUGAAGAUGAAGAUAAGAGUGAACCAGAACAGACAGGUGCUGAUGCUGCAGAAGAUGAAGAAGUGGAUGUAACUAGUGUAGAUCCCAUUGCUGCCUUCUGUAGCAGUGAUGAAGAACUGGAGGACUCAAAGGCUUUGCUUUACUUGCCCAUUGCUCCUGAAGUGGAAGAUCCGGAAGAAAACCCCUAUGGUCCUCCACCUGAUGCUGUUCAGAGUUCUUUAACUGAUGAGGGAAUAGGUUCUGAGAAGAAAAGGCAAUCCUCUUCUGAUGGUCCUCAGGCACCAAAGAAGAAGCCCAAAACCACCAACAUUGAACUACAAGGAGUACCUAAUGACGAAGUCCAUCCGCUGCUGGGUGUGAAGGGAGAUGGUAAAUCCAAGAAGAAGCAAGCAGGCAGGCCUAAAGGAUCAAAAGGUAAAGACAAAGAUUCUCCAUUUAAACCGAAACUCUACAAAGGGGACAGAGGUGCUUUACCUCUGGAAGGAGCAGCGAAGGGUAAAGUGCAGGCGGAGCUGGGACAGCCGUUGGCAGUGUGGCUUCCAAAAACAAAUUUCAGUGAUUAUUUGCUUUUAUGAAAAACUGGACAUUUCAACUUCUGUUUAGGCAGCAGUGUGGUGCAAUCUCAGAAUUGUUAUGAAGACACUCUUCUUUAUCUUCCUGUAUUCUUUCCUAUAUUGGCACCAUAAUGUGGAAAAUAGAUGGAAGUGCUCAGUCAGAAUGGACUGACUUUAAUACAGCAGCCUGAUUGUUCAUGGAUUCAGGGAGUGACUGUUAUAAGAAAUGAAUUAUAGAAGAGGAAACGGCCUUCAUUCCUUAACUGCCUCUUCAUCGAACAGUGUAAGAUGCUGGCUCUCAGGUCAUGUGAUUUGCAAAGAGACUAAUUGGACUGCCUUCACGUUGACAUGUAUAACUCUUUCUAAAGUGAGCUGGUACCCAACACUGCCACUCCAGAGCUUCUCAACCAUUGUCUUUUAAGUACUUUUUGUUCCUGGAUGGAAGAAUACGCAAAGUGUGUGUUUUUAUUCCUGAUGCUGUAUGAUUGUGUAUCCUCCAAACUUCCCUUUCUUUGCUGUUAAUUUUCAUUUCAGUGACUUGUAAUUCUGCUCCUAUACCAGCUGCAUUACCUUAUCAGCCUUUCUGUUAGCUCAGCGUGAUGUCUUCUGUGCUGACAUGCCUAGUGAAACGCUGCUGCUGACUGUGCCAGGUUUGGUUUCAUCUCAAGUGGAUAAAGAUCUAAUAUGAAGAAUCAGGACACCCUCUGAAGUCUAAAAAGAAUGAAUCUUCAUAUUGUGAAUAUUCUAGACAUGAAGGAUGACUCUGCUUGUGGGAAAAUGAACAAGAGAAAGUAGCUCUAGAUAAAAGACUCAAAGUUUAUAUAGACUGUCUUCUAGACAAUAAUAUGAAAGGCUGUGCUGGCACUUUCUUUCUGUCCUUGCAGGUGUUUUUAUUCUGUCUCUUUCCUAUUAUGUGCCCUAUUAGGGAGAACUGGUUUCCUCCUUAGCUGAUGUAUGCUGGCAGUUAGAGAAGAAACAGAGCCAAUAUUUCUCCCAAUCCAAACGGUAGUUUUCCAGUUUCCCGUCCAAGACUUAAAAAAGAUGAUGAGAAUAACAACCUGAGUGUAAAGCAACAUACACAUCUUGAAUUUUUAAAAUGCUCAUUUUUCUUUUUACGCUUGUGGAUCAAGAAUAGAAGAAAGAUGACUGCUAACGGCUUAUUCCCAACAAUGCUUUGACCUUUUGUUCCUCAAUUACCUGUGUAAUGUUUUCCUUCUAGAAAUGGAAAGAGACAAUUUCUCUAUCCCGUACCUACAGACCCACACUUCUGUACUAGACCAACAGGCUAUUAAAAGAAGGUUUCUUUUCUUAAUGCCCCUUGAUUUGUAGAGGUUUUUAUAGUUCCUAAGCAAUUACUUUCAAUUUUUCCCCAGACAUAAUUAUAUAGAUUAUCACUAUGUAUUUAAUUUUUCAAAAUAUCCUGCAGCAGACAUUAAAAGCCAAGGAGAAGAGUCAUAAAGAUAUUUAUUAAUUUGCAGUUGUACAUAUGCAGUAGUUGCAUGAGAUUUAAACAUGGAAAGAGAGGAGACAUUUUAAAUCAGAACUUUUUUUUUUUUUAAAAAAAGGUAUUUUCAUUUAUGGCUUUGAUACAGUGGCCUGCUUCAUUUGAUGAAAUUAAUUCCUUUGGUGUAUGUUAUUAGUCUUCCUUGUUCUUUUUGCUUCUAGGACAACUCACAUCUUUGUGGAACACUGUUAUGUCAAAUCCAUCCAUUUGUGGUGUGUCUGAGCCCAAUCCAAGCUUUAAAGAUGCACAGGCAAUGGUUCUCGAGAUUCUUUUACAGCAUACAAUUUGCCACAGGCUCCAGCUUUCACUUCUGUUAAAACUUCUCUGUACAGUGUAUAUGUCCUUGGUUUAUUUCCUUCCAUCUUUUAUUUUAUUUUUUGACAUCUGUAGUUUUGUACAAUAUUUGUCAGAUACUGGCUUGUUGGUAGCAUAUAGCAGUGAUGUUAGUUUUUGUGCUUGUAAAUAAAGAGGUAUGUUUUAUUUCCUAAA